AUGUCAUCCAAACCCGUCGACAACAAGAUGUCCCUCAACAGUAUCAUCCAUCAAGAGCCCGAAUACAACAGACCAGAGUGGACCACGGCAUUCUGGCCUCGUCUCAGAGACUCCCUUAUCGAAGAUCCAGAGCUCUUCAACCACCUCCGCCUGGAGUGCGGAAUCUGUCUCAAUGACAUGUCUAUCUUUCGCCACGACCACGCUUUUAGUCCCGAUGAAGGCCUAACCGAUGAGGAGAAAACCAGGUCCCAUCGAGCUCGCAUCUUGCCUUGCGGUCACAUGUUUGGACACAAGUGUCUCCACACCAUGAUCGACGAAGACCUGAAGGAAAUGGAAGAAGGACAAGUCCCCAUAUUGACUUGUCCAUCUUGCCGCGAGGUUUUCUCACCUCACAGAGACUGUCCUCAUCCCCACUCAGGUAAGUUCAUGCCUACCACAAUGGAGGGCGUUUACAGAAUUCCGCCUACGUUCUCAGAGAGUGGUGUUCUAUCGCAUAACUGCGGCCAUUGUUUGGCCCUCGAAGCAAUCUCCUCGAUCGCAGCUCUAGUCCCCAUCUUCACACCCCCACUGGAACUCACAGAGAGAGAGACGCUCCUCACGCACGGCAUUGCUGGGAGCUAUAAUUGGGUUACAAACCUUGCAGAAGACCCAACUAUCUACGAUGAAUUUGUGCGGGAGAUUCCUCUGGGGGAUGAGUUGCAGCGGAUCUGCGAUCAGAUCUCGGAGCGUCUGGCGCAGAUCGCGAAAAAGAGAUGGUACUCUGAGGACUUUGACGGGAGGUUCGAGUUCAAGGUCAUGCUCAAGAGGGACACUCGUCCCAGAAUGAAUGACUAUUUGGAAGCUGUCGAGGUUUUGCAGCAAGGGCUAGAGAACGGUGACUUGGUCUUGAGGCUGGAAUAG